AUCUGGCCCCGGUUUCACAAAAAAACUUAAGUCUGUUGUAAUGACUUAAACUCAAUAGUGUACUCAUCUUUUGACUUAAGCUGAGUAAUUAUUUGAGAUGCGUUUCACGAACAUUUUAUCGACUCAUGUAAGUACUCAAACCUUGAGUUGAGUCUGUUAAUUUGAGACAGCUCUAUGGCUUCCUCAAAUUGUUGUUAUCUACUCAAAUAUGGCCGACUUUGUAAGACGCCUCGAGAGAUUGCGCCGUAGACAGCGAGUAGAAAGGGUUAUACCCGAUCGUAUAAACCCUCUUGAGGUUUUAUCACGCUCCGAGAUUAGGCAACGCUACAGAUUCCAUCCGGAAUCUAUUGUUUUUCUAUUGGGAAUGAUUUUCAACGCGUUGGAGAGCCCGACUUUUCGUUCGUCUCCCCUUCCGCCCAUGAUAUCUCUCCUGGUUACGCUCCAGUUUUUUGCCAGUGGAGCCCAUUAUCUUGUUAUUGGAGACAUUCACGGUGUCUCCAAGUCUUCGGUGUCUCGGGCUGUUCGGAGAACCACAGCAGCAAUUUGUUCACUAAGAGACAGAUACAUCAAAUUCCCGAGGAACGACGCUGCAAGAGCAAUCCACAAAGAAUUUUACAACAUAGCAAGGUUUCCAAAGGUUAUUGGCAUCAUUGAUGGUACACAAAUUAAGAUAAAGGGUCCAAAAGAAAAUGAAACUGACUUUGUGAACCGUAAAGGUUAUCAUUCAAUUAAUGUACAGAUGGUUUGUGAUGCUAGAUUCAGAAUUACUAACGUGGUGGCAAAGUGGCCUGGAAGUGUUCACGACAGCCGUAUUUUUAGGGAAUCUGAACUGUGCAGGAAAUUUGAGAAUGGGGAGAUAAACGGGCUUCUACUUGGCGACUCAGGGUAUCCAUGUCGACCAUACCUGAUGACGCCUUACCUAAACACACAAACAGCCGCUCAAGAGAGAUACAAUAUAGCAUUAACAAAAACAAGAGUGCUUAUUGAACAGACUUUUGGUGUGUUGAAAAGAAGGUUCCCUUGCCUAUCAUAUGGCCUCAGAACGGAAACUACGAGUGCGCCUCAAGUUACUGUGGCUUGUGUUGUGUUACAUAACUUUGGGAUGGAUAGAGGAGAUAUUUUAGAAAGAAUGGUAGACGAGCCUUUUGAGCCGCCCGAAGCUGAAGUAGACAUAAACCAGGCUGGGGCCCGUUGUAGGGAUGUAUUUGCAGCAACACAUUUUGCUUAAGGCCUAAAAAACCUGUUUGCUUCCAGUAACAUGCUAAAAAAAUUAGGGUAGGUAGGUAGGAAUUUUUUAUUUUAAUUUUUUUUAUUAAGGGAGACUUUUCUGAUAUUAUUUUUGUGUCAAAAAUGAAUACAAAUAAGGUUAUGCAUUUUGAGCAUAAGUAGUUGAAUUUUAACAUCACUGACCAUGUUUAAAGCUUAAAAAGAGCAGUUUUGCAUCUUUUUUUCGAAAAUUUGAAAAAAUUAUUCUCCAAGGCCAAAAAACAUUUAGGGUCGGGCCAAAAGAUUUGUGUAGGUUGGGAUACUGGAAACAAACACUUUUUUUAUGCCUUAUAACAAAACACAUCACAUAUCUAUCAAAUUUUAUUUAAUGUUAAGGUAAUUAUGCAUGUUGUCUGUGCUGCAAUUUUUAACAGUGGCAUGCAGGUUUAGGUCUUCAUGCUAGAAAGAAUUUGACAUUUAUGUUGGUGUCCCUAUGUACAUGCCAAAACAAGGCCUUUAGUUAACGAUAGAUGCCCAGUGUCCUUUUUGAGUAUAUCUGAUAAACUGCAGUAUUGUUAUUUAAUACACAUUUUAAUUUAGAUGCACCAACAUUAUUGAAAGUCUUUUAACCCGAUUUGACAGAUAACAAGAGCACCGCCAUGCGGGUGCUGACGCUCAUCUGAUUUUCUUGUAUAUUAUAAAAUAGAAAUAUUGUCCUACCCAUGGUUUUCAAAGUCCAAAAAGGGUCAUACUUCUUACAAAAAGCAGGAUGGAGCUAUGUGUCUUACUGUAAAGGGUCAAAAAGCAGGAUGGAGCUAUGUUUCUUGCUGUAAAGGGUCAGCUUAUGAUGGUAAACAACUGUUGCAAUUUUCAAGGCAAUAGCUUUGAUAGUUUAGGAGAAAGGUUUACCUAAACAUAAAACUUAACCAAGAAAUCUGAUAUUUUCUAAGUCCAAAAGGGGCCAUAAUUCUUGCAAAAAGCAAGAGGGAGUUAUGUUUCUUGCUGUACAUGGUCAACUACUGAUAGUGAACAAGUGAUGAAAGUUUCAAAGCAAUAGCUAUGAUAGUUUAGGAGAAAAGCUGACCUAAACAUAUAACUUAACUAAGCAACGCAGACGUCGAUCAGGUGAUGACAAUAACUCAUCUUUUUUUUUCAAACAAAAAUCAGAUAAGCUAAAAAUGAUGUUAAAACGUAGCUGCUUACUGAGUUUGAUAAAACUCCAUCAAGUAGUCAUAACAGUAAGCUGACAUUUGAACUGUUAGUUU